AAGAAUAAGUUCCAGCAGUUAAAUGAUGACGUGAACGUGUAUUUUUUUAUUUUAUUUGGGAUCCGACAGUGAAUCAGGUCCAACCACUUCUUGUGUUUACUCUCACCUGUCGAUUAUCCGUGAAUCAAACAUCAUCAGCUGAAUUUAGUAACACAGACAGAAAGAAAUUCAGAGAUGAAGAUGAAGAAGAUGAUAAUAAUGCAAUUCUUUAGUUUAGUUUAAAUAGUUUUUCAUCAGUCAUAGUUUGGUUUGUUUCUGUCAUUACCUCACUGCUAAAAGUAAUUUGUAUUUAAACGGCGUGUAAGUACUGUACCACAGUAUCCGAACCUGCGGAGCUGGACGCUUCAGCUCUGGUGAUGUGUUCGAGGACAGUAGGUUACCUGUGAAGUGACUCUACUGAUCCUGCACUGCUCCAGUUCCACCAAACUUUGAACCCUAGGCUGAUGUUGUGUUCUGCGUUGUCAUGGAGACGGAGGUGUGCAGCUCUCGGCAUGUUUGCACGCAGGACACACAGAAGCAGCUUAACGGUCGCCGAGCAGAGCUACAGAGUCUCAGAGUUUGGCUUCCGCUGUGGAAACACAAACCUCGAAGGAAGGAUGAUCCAGGAAUGAAACACUAAGAUCUGGAAGUGGAUUUGUGCUGGGUCGUCCUGUGGUUCCACUGCAGCUGUGUCCUGGUGCUGGUUCUGCCCAGCCAACCCUGAGUUGCUGUAGAAUUUCGACGUCCGCAGCAGCACUAGGAACCAGUCAGAUGGUCACAGGGACUCAAACAGAACCCAGCUGAUUUGGUUCUGGUGUUAGACUGAUUGUUUGGCUGGGUUUUCUGGUGUGACAGGUUGAGGGUUUGAAUCUGUUUGGGUUGAACUGGACACUGGAUUGGUACAGUAUUAGAGAGGGAAACACGAGGGAUCUGUGUGUAGAACACAAGUCUGCUGGUGCAGGCCCGGUGCAUGCUGGGAUAGGUGCAGUCCGUUCUGAGCCGUGUUUUCUGUUUGGCGAUGCUCAUCCGGCGCCUGUGGAUCUCCAGGUGUCUGGUCGGAUCCGACUCGGCUGCUGUCAGUGCUCAGCGUGUUAGAUCAAGCUCUGCUCACAUUUUUCACAUGCUUUGGGUAUUUGCAACAGAUCCAACGAUGAAGCUGAGCCCAAACAGCACCAGACCCUCAGUCAUCUCUUCAACCAUUCAAGAAUUUAAUAUCCAGCAGUCCACUGAGCAGCACCAGGACCCAAAGGAGCCGGUUCCAGGGCUCUGAAGUGUCUCGCUGCAGAAACAUUUACAGGCUGUUACUGGUUAUUUAUUUAAUGGCUUCCUGUUGCUGAGCAGCUGGGAGUCGUCUGCUGACGCUGAAGGUGACACAUCUGGACCUCGGGCCAUGUGGAUCGAACCACUCUGCACCACUCUGUUGCAUAACCUACAGCAGCAGCAGCCUCACUGUGGCUGGUUAAGAUCCAGCUCAGACCCGAGGUCCGGUUCACAUCUCUAGACCCAACAGGUUUUAUCUGACCCAACCUUCUGCUCUGGUUCUGUUCCGGGUUCUGCCCUGGUUUUUACUCUGGUACUGUUCUAGUUCUUCUCUGGUUUCUAUUCUGGUUUCUACUUUGGUUCUGCUCUAGUUCUACUCUGGUUCUUCCCAGGUUUGUGCUCUGGUUCUGCUCUGGCUCUGCUGCUACGUGUUCUGUUCUCGGGUUCAGACGUGUGGAUUCCUGUGUGUAAUGAGAUGUAGCUGCUGUGACCGACGGACCAUCAUGCACCUCUUCCUUCUGCUGAUUCUUCAUGCUACAGCAGCCGUCGGACAGAUCGACCCCACACACUGCCGCUAUGCUCUGGGCAUGGAGGACAAACGGAUCAGAGACGAGGCCGUCUCCGCCUCCAGCCAGUGGUACCAGAGCACGGGUCCACAGUUCGCCAGGGUCAACCGCGAGGAGGGAGACGGCGCCUGGUGUCCUAAAGGUCAGCUGGAGCCGUCCGACACCCAGUACCUGCAGGUGGACCUGGGCAGACUGACCUUCCUUACAGUCGUCGGGACGCAGGGACGAUACGCCAGAAACUCUGGGAACGAGUAUGCGCGAGCUUACCGCCUCAACUACAGCAGGGACGCCGUUCUGUGGACGUCCUGGAAGAACCGGGCCGGAAAUCCAGUGAUGGAGGCCAACAAAAACGCCUACGACUACGUCAUCAACGACGUGCACCCUCCCAUCAUCGCCCGCUACGUGCGCGUGAUCCCGGUCACCAGGGUGUCCACCACCGUCUGCAUGCGGCUGGAGCUGUACGGCUGCUCGUGGGACGAGGGCCUCGUGUCCUACGGCGCCCCCGAGGGGCAGCAGCUGCAGCGGCCGGGGCUGCCGCUCGCCAGCUUCAACGACUCCACGUACGACGGCGUCCGCGACCGGAGGAGGCUGUGGGGCGGGCUGGGCCAGCUGACGGACGGCGUGAUCGGCCUGGACAACUUCCUGCAGACCCGUCAGUACAACACGUGGCCGGGCUACGACUACCUGGGCUGGAGGAACGACUCGCUGGGAACUCAGGGACACGUAGAGAUGGAGUUUGUGUUCGACAGGCAGCGGAACUUCACGUCCAUGAAGGUCCACAGUAACAACAUGUUCUCCCUCGGGGUGAAGAUCUUCUCGUCCGUCUCCUGCUGGUUUAAGCCUCGUCUCGUGGCCACCUGGGACCCGGAGCCCGUGACCUUCGUGACGGUGCUGGACGACCGGAACCCGAGUGCCCGCUACGUCACGGUGCCGCUGAGCCGCCGCGCCGCCCAGUCCCUGCGCUGCCGCUUUUACUUCGCAGACGUGUGGAUGAUGUUCAGCGAGGUCUCCUUUCAGUCCGAGGACGCGGUUCUCCCGACCGCGGUGCUGCCUUCUCUUCCACCUGAUGAGGAGACUACGCUCACAACCUCAUCAAUAACAACAGCGAGUCCAGCGACCAGUGAGUCACCAGACACUGGGAACACGCCUGUUCUGAUUGGCUGCCUGGUGACCAUCAUCCUGCUCUUGGUCAUCAUCAUCUUCCUCAUCCUCUGGUGCCAGUGUGUCUGUAAGGUCCUGGAAAAGGCUCCGCGUCGGAUCCUUGAUGAAGAUGUGACUGUUCGACUGUCAUCCUGCAGUGACACCAUCAUCCUCCAGACGCCGCCGGUUCCCCCCCGAGCUGGACACGGUCCCAACAACGCCGGCCCUCACUAUGAGAGAGUUUUCCUGUUGGAUCCACAGUACCAGAACCCAGCAGUGCUGAGAAACAAGCUACCAGAGCUGUCACAGAGUGCCGAAGCCUCAGCUCUCCUCCUUGGUAAUCCUCUCUAUGACCUCCUCCUGCUGACUUCCUGUCACAUGGCAUCAGGGUGGUUGUGUGCGUGUGGAGGCGGCUACGCUGAGCCUGAUGUCACCCAGUGCACGCCCCACCAGUGUUUCCAUAGCAACGCCCCCCACUACGCCGAGACGGACAUUGUGAGGCUGCAGGGUGUCACCGGCAGCAACAUGUAUGCCGUUCCCGCCGUCACCGUGGACUCUCUUACCCGGAAGGACAUCUCUGCAGCUGAGUUCCCGCGGCAUCAGCUGAUCUUCAGGGAGAAGCUGGGGGAGGGGCAGUUCGGAGAGGUCCAUUUGUGUGAGGCUGAGGGACUCCAAGAGUUCCUUGGGGAGGGCUCGCCUCUCCCUGACAGGGACGGCUACUCUGUACUCGUAGCUGUUAAACAGCUGAGGGCGGAUGCCACCAGCCAAGCCAGGAACGACUUCAUGAAGGAAAUAAAAAUUAUGUCUCGUCUGAACGACUCAAAUAUCAUCCGGCUGCUGUGUGUAUGCGUGACGUCCGACCCGCUGUGCAUGGUGACCGAGUACAUGGAGAACGGCGACCUCAACAUGUUUUUGUCGCAGCGGGAAAUUGAGAGCACGCUGACGCAUGCCAACAACAUCCCUUCAGUCAGUCUGUCCGACCUCCUCCACAUGUCGGUGCAGAUUGCGUCGGGGAUGAAGUACCUGGCGUCUCUGAACUUCGUACACCGGGACCUUGCCACUAGAAACUGCCUCCUGGACCGUCGCCUCACCAUCAAGAUCGCCGACUUUGGGAUGAGCCGAAACCUGUACAGCAGCGACUACUACCGCAUCCAGGGUCGAGCCGUGCUGCCAAUACGAUGGAUGGCCUGGGAGAGCAUUCUGCUGGGAAAGUUCACCACAGCUAGUGACGUCUGGGCGUUUGGUGUCACUCUGUGGGAGAUCUUCACCCUGUGCAAGGAGCAGCCCUACAGCCUGCUGUCUGAUGAACAGGUCAUAGAGAACACUGGCGAGUUCUUCAGGAACCAGGGCAGACAGAUCUUCCUCUACGCUCCUCCACUCUGUCCUCCCUCCCUCUUUGAGCUGAUGAUGCGCUGUUGGCGUCGCAACAUCCCGGACCGACCUACCUUCGAGGGACUUUACCAGGCUCUGAAGCCCCAUGUCAACCAGUGAGCCAAAGCCUUGCUCGGAGCAGGAGUUAAUGACACAAGAGGACAAAGUACUGGAAUUGUGGAAGCACAAAACGCCAUGAGGGAUGCACUCAACUUUUCUAAAGUACCAAAGAUUUGUGUCACUUUUUUUCAUUUUCUCUUCUUUUUGAGUUGUUAUGUACCAACUGUGCCAUGAAGUGUUUGGUUUCCCUGGAGACGCCAAACCCUGGACAGACACAUCAGUGUGUAGCGUCUCCUGUCCCUGUGGUCUUCGAAUUGUAAAGCACUGUGUCUGUGUCUCUCAGUUAUCCGUGUCCUUAUAUUAGCCCACACUGGAGCCAGGGGUUAGGGUCAGAUCGUAGUGGUUUAGAUUUUAUUCUAUUUUAUUUGUCUUGGUUUAUUUUAUUGUACUUUUUGUGGACAUCAAUGUUGAGGUUUACAACUGGAGGCUGUGUUGAAACCUGUGUGUCAGGAAAAUGAUCGUCAUUUCAGCCGUUGAAACCAAACUAAAGUCACUGGUGCCUUUUUUGCCAAAAAGAGAUUGUAGUGUUUCACAAUGUUCAUGAGUUUAAUAAAUGUCAUGGUUAGGUUGAA